AUGCAUUUCACUACUGCCAUCGUCGCCAUGUUCAGCACUUUAGUGCUAGCCGACUUCCACCACAACUGUGGCUGCGACAUUCGUGGCUCAUACAGAGUGGACGUAUCUCAGGCAACCUGCCAGCUCUGGAGUACCAACCAGCCCAACUGCCACUUUGACGGCUACUCUUGUGUUGACAAGGGCAUCGGCCGUGGCAUCGAUGGUGCACCCUGGGAGAAGACCUGCAAGGAGGCUUGGCAGAUCGAUUUUGGUGGCAACCCCGACGAUGCAAAGGGCCACUGCUGGCACUAG